AUGGCAAAGAUUUUGAUUGUCGUGUUAGCACUGGUAGCCGUAGCCGCGGCUCAACAGCGAAAGAUUGGUUCAGCCGGUUUGUCCUUGCUCAAACAGUCCGAGGGAUUUGUGCCAAACUUCUAUAAAGACCAGAUUGGAUUACAAACGAUAGGCUACGGACACGCGUGUCAAUGGCAGGGAUGUGCCGGUAUUAACCCUCCCAUCACCGAAGCCCAGGGCACUCAAAUCCUCAUGAAAGACCUUGUUCAGUUUGAGGACUGUGUCAACACUGCCGCACCCGGACUCACCCAGAACCAAUACGAUGCCUGCGUGGACUUUGCAUUCAACAUGGGUUGCGGUGCUUUCCAGGGCUCCGACAUCCUGAGAAACAUCAAGGCCAAAAACUACCAAGCUGCCGCCAACUCGUUCGCUGAAUACAACGUGGCCGGGGGUCAGGUCAUCGAGGGGUUGACCGUUCGCCGACAAAACGAGAAAAAUCUGUUUCUUAAAAAGUAAUCUCAAAAUUGUUUUAAUAUUUGCCUAAAAUGUGCACAAAUUCUCAAGUUAUUAUUUUCAAAAUUCAUAAAUAAAAAAUAUUUUUGUCAGUCAAAAAAA